CUGUGUACAUUUAGGAAUUUUAGAGGUUAUCUUUGCAUUUAUUCUUGUAAUUCGGUUUAUUGUCGAUUUUUAAAUGUUUUGCCUGUUUAUUACAAUCUGGCGUGUUAGCACGGAUUCUUAUUUUUCAAAAACCAUACUGUUUUCGUUUUACUGGUUCGUCGCAUACAUCGUUUACACGAACAGCAGUAUUUGCCUGUGAAGAGCUAGUACAGGCUAACGUAAUUUAUGCGGAAUGCGCAGGCAUUGCGGAUGUGGUGCAGAAUAUACGCGCAUUGCUGCGACAAAGGUAAUUUUGGUCUUUGCGUUCAAGAUAUGCCCUUAUUAUAAAUAAUGUUAAUGAUGUUAAUAUCUAAAAAAGGUUGAAACCAACUAUAUUGAACAUGCUGACUUUAAUGUUAUUUAACACCAUCUCUGUUGCCUCUUUUCCUUGUCAUUUUCAGUUUCGUUUGCAAUUAAGUGGUAUCUCUGAUGUCUCAGUAACGCCAGCGCAACCUUGCAUGUAUACGAUACGUGUACAUAAUGUCAAACAUAGCUGAAGAACAUCUCCUAGUGUCGCUUUUGGACGGAAGCCACAGGUUUUUGUUUCCUUGCAUCACAAAUAUACAGACAACAAAGACACCGAAAUAACUGCACAGAUUUAGUCUAAAUGCAUAUAAAACGGUACUUUAGCCUAUUGUAUUUUCCAAGAAAACAUCUGUCUUAUGUGGGUUUUUAAUUACUGGGCCUAUUAUUAAAUCUAUCCUUGGUAAACAUCACAAUGAAGCAAUGAGUGUCUUGCCAUGGAACAGCAUGGUGGCUUCUCACCCUCCAUGUGAAUGGCAUGCUGUCCAGCAGUCCAGUUGGUGUGUCUGUAAACCACAACUUAUCCAUGGCUGAAUAUUACGAAGAGGGAGGGUUGCUGUAUGAGCAUUCACCUCCUAUGCACAUCAAAGUGGAGUCUCCAGAAGGUCCCUUUGGAGGUGGGGUCUCAGAGGAUGGUUUCACCAGGGAAGAUGAAGACUCAGAGGCCAGUUGUGACCACCCGAAUGGUGGGUUGCCUGCCAGCCUCCCUUUCAAUGUUGUGGUUGUGCAUCCCAACAUAGUUGCACCUGGAAUGUCUUCAGAUGAACUGAUCCCUUUUGACCCAAACAGGGGUGUUUCUUCAGCAUUAGCCGCAGGAGGUGCAGGAAAAAGAAAAAGCCGCUUCAGUGGGGCAGAACUGGAGGUGUUGGUAUCAGAGGUUACCCGGUGUGAGGGGGAGCUAUUCGGUCCAGCUGGGAGGCUUCGGCGCCGAGAAAGAGAGCGCAUUUGGGCUGGGAUACUUGAGCGUGUAAAUGCUGUGUCUAGAGUCCCACGAACUCUAAGAGAAGUGAAGAAACGCUGGGAUGACCUGAAGAGACGUAAUGGUGGUAGACUGGCUGAUGCAAGGCAUCGCACCUGCUACCUGCCAUCUAGUCGAGGGGCUGCAAUUAUGGGAAGGUCAGCUCACGUUAGUCCCAGGCUUCAGCAAUCUCGCCAAAAGCAGAGCACCAGGGGAAAAGGCACUUUUACUUGCCUGUCAGAUACUGAUCCAGUUGCAGUAGGAGAUGGCUCUGAAAGAGAUGGUUUUGAAAAGGAGGAAGAAGCUGGUGAGCAAGAGGGUGAUGAUGGAGAUGAGGAUUGUGAAGGUGUGGAGAACAGCAUGGAAGAUAAACUGGGUUUAGGCCUGGGCCUGGGAAUAGUACCACCUCCAACAUCAGAACGGUGGCUACCUCCUUCGCCCCUUUACAGUGCCCCCUUCCUCAAUGGGACCCCUCAGCCAAGCCCAGAACCAUCCUUAGGGACCCACCAGGGCCCACUGGAGCCCCCUCCUCAACGCAGUUCAUGGCUUGAAGAUGAACUUCGGGGUCUGGGGGAAGCAGCCAUGCAGCUUGGGGAUCGCAUGGAACAGAACCUGCAUGAGUUUGCAGAUGGGUUUAGACGUGAUAUGCGGACACUCGUGGCAUCGCAAGAGGCCCUUACAAAUAGCUUACAGCAGAAUAAUGUACUUUUGCAACGUCUUUUGGGACUGCUUGAGAUGCAGCAUCAGCAACCUCAGUCUCAACAGCAACAAAGUCCACAACAACAACUUCAGCAACAACAACAAAUUCCACAACAGCAACAGGAACUUCCACAACAACAGCCAUAUCAACAACAGUUAUUACAGCAACAGCAUCCAUAUCAGCAUCCACAGCUAGAGCAGCAAAUUCCAGCAACUGUCCCACCUAUACCACCACCUCCAGAUAUUUUAGAUGGUACUAGGCAUACUGAACAACCAACUGACAUAAAUGGAACCCAACGGCAACGCCGCAGCAGGACUGUAGACCUUAGACGAAGACGCAGACGUUGAUGUGAGAUGUGGAAGAAUAAACUGUACUCGGUUGCAGUUAAAUUAUUUAUUUAAAGCAACGUUUUAUAAAACUAGCUAGUUGCAGAUUGUGCCAUGUCAUUGCUGCCACAUUUUUGUUUUGCCUGUUGUAAAUAUAUAUAUAUAUAUAUAUUAAAGUGUAUAUAUACAUCAAAAAGCUGUAAACUAUAUUUAAAUUGACCUCUGAACUCUUGUGUUGCUUAUAGUAAAUCAUGGACAGAUAUUCUGGCUUAAACUUAUACAUAAUAAUUGCAAGUUUCAAAAGAAAUUCUUAAGGGCUGGUUUAAACCCUUUUAGUAUUCACGAUGUAGUGAGAAAACACGUUAUUCAUAUUUAUACUUUGUUUGGGCACCAAAGAUUGAUACAAAAUGACAUUUUACUUUAGUUAUUUUCACUGUGUAAUAAAAAACAUGUUGUUUGAAAGUAUAUUAUAUUGCUUAAAAGUUCUUCAUGAUGACAUGAAAUACAUGUAUUUUUCAGAAUUUAUGUAAUAUCUAGGGCUGCCCAAUCACUUUGCAUGCAAUGUAUGAUAGCAUCUGUAGAUCAAUAACAUAUUUUACAAACUUUUCAUGUUAACAAAAAUCACUUGUACUUGGAAAAAAUGUCUGGCUAUGAUAACAUUUGAAUAAAAGCAAU